AUGAUGAGUAAAAUGGUCGCUUUGCUUUUUGCUCUUUACUUUGCAUGUGUUUCCGCUAAGACAUGCAAAUACGACAGUUCUGGAUUCCAAUCUCACUGGAGAUUUGCGAAUAACUCGAUUAUGCUUCAAUUCAUGAAUACUGAUAUUAAGAACAAUCACUGGACUGGAAUCGGCUUUGGAGAUGAUAAGAACAACCUCGUCGGAGUCUUCUUCAUGGUAUCCAACAACCAAGUCGCCGUCCGUACCGGAGCCACCACUGAGCACGGACCACCAACAUUCUCUCAAAACGGAACAAACUCCGCUCCAAUCCAGACUCAAUCUCUCCUUUAUUUCCCAGAAGAUAAGACAAUGAGUGCCGUCGUGCAGAUUCCAGUUCAAUUCCAAGGAAGAAAUCUUCAAUCCUGCCAGAAGUGGAGGUGGAUCAAAUCUGGAAAGAUCGAGAACGGACAACUGACCCGAAACGACAAAUCUCCAAAGGACAAGAAGGUGUGCCCGAUGGAAUGCAACUAA